AUGGAAGAGACGAACGCCUUUUCGGCGCUCAACCAGCUUGCCAUCCCGGUAAGAAAUUACUUUUCCCGUUUGAAACGCGUCAUCUUUCUUUUUAGCAGAAUAUGGUUUCGCCGAUGAAGUCCAUGCCUUUGCUCGAUGAGAAAGUGAUGGAGAUAUUGAUGAACAUUCAGCAACAAACGGGUGGGCAGCUGAUACCUCAGCAGCACCUCCCGGUCGCCUGCGAAACGACGCACGAGUCGGCGGAAAGUACGCUGAAGGCAUCGCCGUCCGCCAGCUCCGAGAUCAGCGAGACGGACGUGGCUGAGCAGCCGGCUCUUCAGAACUACUCUCAGAAUCCGCUACAACAGGUGACCAUCGACUCGCAAGCCAACAUUGCCGCCGGAACGCCCACUAACGCCGAGUGAGGAGAUUUUGAAGUAAAACAAUGAGGAAUAACCCCCAUUUUUAGGCAAAGGUCGUCGAACCGUUAUGACACGUGGAUGGAGUGCUACACGACGACGAAGCUCGCCGAGUACGAGGCGCUGCUCUUCUCUGUAUUCGUCACCGAACGCACCGAUCGGAAGUUUGACGGAUGGACCUACUUUGACUGUCUGCACCGCCUGCAGAGCAAGUGCCGUUACCGAGUGCGCGCCAAGAAGCAGGACGAGUUCUACAUUGUCGAGGAGAAGUGCGUGCACAAUCACGGAGCGGUCGAGCCCGUCGGACAGCCCGGAAGUCAUGCCGGCUUGCCAAAGUGAGUAAAAAUCAGGUGAAACUGAAUGUGGUUUCGUGAAGCAAGGCCAUGUUCAUGAUUUUAAGUUCCGAAGUUUCCCGUGGCCUUCAGAAAUCCUACAGUUUCUUAGCUUCACCUUGAAAAUGAGUUUAAAAGGUCACACGCAUGCAAUCUCUCACUAAUUCAUCGACAACCAAUUUUUCUUGCUCCAGAACAAUCCGCGAGCUCGUCGAUCGUUCGUACCGAGACGGAUGGCCAGUCGAACUGCGCACCGCGAAAGUGGACGAAGAGAUCAAGCGCCUCGGACUUCCGGCGAAUCCACGUCUCGGCCGCCAGAUCGACAACCGUAUUGCCUACCUCCGACGCGUGAGAAACCUGAACGAAAGCCGUCGGAUGCAGGAUCAAAUGGCCGCCGUCGUGUCUCAGGAUCCACUGCAACUCCAGCAAGAACCAGGACUCGGUUCGAUUCCCUUUGACGGAAACAGCAUGGUGCCGGAUGUGUCGAACGUCCUGCAAGCGCUGAUGAAUCAAAACGGAGGAAGUGUUCGGCUGGAGAAGGACGUCGUCGAGCAGCUGAUGGGUCCCCAGUUCACGGAUGCAUUGGCGGCUGCUCAGCAAGGAAUCGAGCAGACGAGCCAAGUAGAGAACAUCCCGAUGGACUCCCAGAAUGCUGCCCUGAAUGAUAUUGAUCGGCAGAGAGAAGUCAUCCUCCGGCAGAUUGCGGAACUCGAAGCUCAAGGCAUUUCUCUGCCCCAGUUUUCUCAAGUUGGACUCCAACAAUAA